GCGGUGAUGUCAUCGGGGCCUGUAUCCGGCGGGAGCCACGGUCUGGAGCAUGGGGUCUGGCGGGGCUUGAGAGCUUCUGCCAGUGGAUGAGUAGCAUGAGCUGGGCGGGGGGAAGACGAGGCCGCAGCCUCAGACAGACACCGGCAGGGAGAGACCGGAGUGGACAGGCCAAAAAUACUGCAAGCAGUCUCUGUGACCUGUCUGGUGUUUAAGCCUGGAAUAAUCUGCAGAGAUUUCUACCUGGACAUCAGCCCACAGACGGUCGUAUCUGUUUCCUGUGGAUCCCCUUAAACCAUUGUCGGCAAGAGGAUUCCGGGAAGGCCGGAGCUCAGAGGCCAGAUGUUGCCUGAUAGCAGGAAGAGACGGAGAAAUAAUGAUGUCUCCCAGCACCCACAGUCCAAACGGAGCAACAGCAGCCCCACAUUCCAGGACUGGGAGGCAGAGACGGAAUCUUUAGGAAGUGACAGCAGUAACAGUAACUUCAGCCUAGAGAGAAGUAGUGGGUCUGACAACCUUCAGACCGUGGCUGGAUCAGGCCCGGCCACUCCACAGCCAGUCUCCGUCCCAGAGCAGUCCGCUCUGAAUCAGGGACCCUAUGUUCAUAUCAACCAAAUCUUGAAAGAGGCGCAUUUCUCUAGCCUACAACAGCGAGGCUGUCCUUCCUCCUGACCUGCCAAUCAUGGAGUGUUUCCAGGAAACGAACUUUGUGCUUCAUGCCAAUUCUACUAUGUAUAAAUCUUUCCCAAAAGCAACUACACAGUCUGUAGCCUGUCUGCUUUCUAAUAUUAUUUCAAUACCUACAUCCUGGAUAAACAAUUAUUUGUUCAAUUAUGUUCCCACCAUUGGCUGAUUCCAUGUAUCCUAUUUCUGGAAAGAGAAAUGGUAAGACUUAGGACAAGUGAUUUGCUACAGUGUGACUGCCACCUUGCUGUGUCCAUUUAGUUGUGUGUACAUUUUUUUUUUUUUUUCUAGGUGACUGAAAUUAGUACUUUUUGCCAUAUUGUUACACAGUUGCUUGGUUCCAUCUACAUUUUCUGAUAACAAAGCAGUGUAACAAAGGGAUUUCUGUCUGAAACAAGAAAUAGUUACUUCGCUUAUUACCUCCUUUCUUGGCAUAAAGGUCACCAUGCAUUGCAAACUAGAGAACUGCUCAAGCUAACAUUGAUUUCUUUAAGUACGUGGCUCAAAGAGCAAUAUAGUGCUACAACCCAUCAUAACCAGAAUCUGCUUUUAGGACCUGCAGACUUAUAAAUACACUGUGUAGACUUACAAGUUAAAAUGAUGUUGUGCAUAAACGUGCAAUGGCCACUAGCAAAUAGGCUCAGUUCUUAUAUAGCAAUUUAAAACGUAAAAGCUGUCAUCUGGUUGCUAUGGGUUACAGCAUUUGUGCACAUAGUAUAUAUCUCUUAUAUAACCCCCAUAGUGUUGUCUUACAUAUGGCAUACAUGGGUUUUGGAUAGGUUUCACAGCAGCAUAUUCGUCUCAGGUGCUACUUGGGUAAUAGCCAUCUACAGAAACUGCAGAUAAGAAACACUUGGCCCAUCUAGUCUUCUCCAGUUCGAUGUAAUGUAAUUUUGAAUAUAGAGGUACAAAUUGUAUUUUGAAGUUCAUUCUGUUUUCUGUUAUUGGAAAUGAAGGAGUGUACAGGAAAUGCGUAUUCGCUCGCAGUUCAGCCAAUUUGCAGUAUCUGUAUCAUCCUUAUAACAGCGCCAGUCCUAUUGUAUAUGCCAUAACUAAAGCCCCCUACACACUGCUCGAUGUGCCGCCGAUACAGCCAACGGGCGAACUUUACUUCCCCCGUCACCGGGCUCCAUAGCACUGCAUGCUAAUAUGAACAAGAUUGUCCAUAUUGGCCUGCAUAUUCAAACGAGCCGGCACCAACAAUGAACGAACGAACGCAGGGCCUUGCAUCGGUCAUCAUUGGUGCAUACACACUGAAAGAUAGAUAUGAAAUAUCUUGUUCAUUAAUGAACAAGAUAUCGUUCAUUUCAGUGGCAUUGGCCAGUGUGUAGGGCCUGUAAGAAGAGACCUUAGUAUUUCAUGGCAAGUAAAGCCUGCUCCUGAAUGGAAAUAGUUACUCAAGAUGUUGGGUGAAGUGUUUUGAGGAAAAAACACUGGUGUCCCAGUUGUUACUAAAUUUACAGGGAUCAGACAACUUUAUCUUACUGGUUUAUACAUUUCCAUGUGCACUUUUUACUACACCACUUUACAUGUUUGAUUUGCUCUUGUAGUUCUACCAUCCGCUUUAUAUCAUCCAAGCAGCUUUGUUUAUUAUUGUUUGCCUGUACCUUGACAUGGCUCCGAAUAGUUCUUUCAGUUGCAUCCAAGGCCGAUGAACUUAAACAACUGUCUAAAUUUUAUAAGAUCAGUUAAAAAAAAAAAAAAUUAUUUAGUACAGUCUGUAGCAGGGUGUGCAUUAGCCAUUAAUUUAAAACCACCUGAAUCGGAAGAGGUCCUGAAAUGUAUCUUGGUAUCAUGAAAAUGAUGGUUCCAUAGCCACUGAACAAGGCAAAGAUUCUAUUUGUGAGUGUUACUUUUACAUAGACUUCAGGGCCGUUUUGUAUACCAGAUGGUAAAACUCUUAUAUCCCAUGUUUAAGUUGGAAAGCUAGGCAGUGCAAAUUGGAAGUGAUGCACAAUAAAAUUAUUUAAUUUGAUCAAAA